AUGCCUAAAAGUCCAAAUAGUAUUGGAUAUCAGAAUAAUUCUCAUUCGGGUAAAUCAAAAUCAUCUACUUAUUCAAAUUCAUCAAAUUUUGGUAAAAAUCAAUCAUUUAAUAAUAUUAAUCAUAAUUUUGGUGGUAAAAAUUUAAAGUCUUUAAAUAAAAGAAAAUUUAGUAUUGCAAAUUCUACUUCGUCAUCAUCAAGGGGAUCAUCAGAUAAUGAUAAUGAUUUUAUAGAUGAUUAUGAUUCACAAUCUACAAAAAUUAAUCAUGCUGAUAAAAUUAAAUCUCAAGGAUCAAGGUCAAAAAAUUCAAAAGAAGUUCAUUAUAUUGACUCAGAUUCGAAUUCAGAUUCUUCUUUAACUGCAUUUUCGGAUAAUGAUGAUUCCUACGUUAAAAAUAAAAAACAACAAAAAAACCAAUUAUAUUCAUCAGGUGGUAAAAAAAGUAUAAGUAGUGGUAAAAAGAAUAAAUUUGGUAGAAAGGAACUACCGAAAAAGACUUUAGAUUAUACUAAAAAUAAACAUUAUCAAGAAGAUGCUAUUAUGUUAUCUUCAGAUGAAGAAGAAGGUUCAGUAGAUGAUCAAAAAGAUGAAGAAGAUGAAGACAACGAAGAACAAGCUCAUUUAGCUGGAUUAUAUUCAUUAAUGAAUAAAGGUAAACAAAUAAGAGCUUAUGAUUCAAAUGAAAGUAAUAAUGAAGAUUCAGAUGAAGAAGUGUUUAGUUCAUCAGAUGAUGAUUCAGAUGUUGAUUUUGUUAAAUUACAAAAACAACAAAAAGCUCAGUCAUUAAAAGCUGCAAAAGCUUUAAAAGGUUUGAAAAGAACUAGUAAAUCAAAUAAUGCAGAAAAUUCACAAUCAGAAUCGGAAUCAGAAUCAAGUACAGAAUCAAGUUCAGAAUCAGAAGAUGAAGAACCACAAUCCCAUAGGAAAAACAAAUCAGAACCACCACAAGUUCAACAAAGACGUAAAAGUUUAAUGAAAUUUGGUAGAAGGAAAUCAGAUGCAGUUUUACCUGAUUUAAAUUUUACAUUUGAUUUUGGUAAUGAAUUUGGUAAUGAUAAUGAUGAAGCAAUAAAAGAUGAACCAAUAACAAAAGUUGAAGAAGAAGACAUUGGUGAAGAAAUUGAUUAUUCACCUUCAUUAAAUAAUUUAGAUUCACAAUCAAAAGAAUCAAAUAAUCAAUUUGAUUUUGAAUUUGAUACUAAUUUAUUACAUAUCCCCAAAAUUGAUGAAAGUGAAAUCAAUUCAGAUGAAGAUUAUGAAAUUGAUGAUAAUGAAUUACUAGCAACUUUACAAGCUGAAAAUGAUGUUGAUGAAUUUUUACCAAAUAUUUCAAUUGAUGAUAAAGAUUUAAUACAUUCUGAAAGAAUAAGGAAUUCAUCAAUAACUUCUUCUGUAAAUGAAAACGAUUCACUUUCACAUCAAAAUGAUUAUUCAAUAGACGAGAAUGGAGAUGAAGAUGAUGAUAAUGAUCCAUUUUUAAAAGAAGAAGAAAAAUAUUUAGUUAAUGAAUUUGAAAAUAAUGGAUUUGAUGUAUUUGAUGAUGAUGAAGAAGAUGAAGAAGAUGAAGAAGAAGAAUUUACAUUUGAUGAUAAUGGAGAGUAUUCAACUUCCAAAAAAAUUGUGAAUGCAUUUAAGGGGAUUGGAGAAGAUAAAUCAAAACCAAUAGUACAAUAUGAAAGUAGUGCAUCUAAUGAAAGUGAAUAUGAUGAAGAUGAAUAUGUUGAUUUUAUUGAAUUUGAUUUACCAUUAUUUGAUAAAUCUUCAGCCGAAGAAGAAGAAGAAGAAGAAACAAAAGAUGGCGAAAUCAAAAGGAAUAGCUCAAGAAAGACCAAAAAGAAACUUACGAAUAGUGAUGAAGAUGAUGAUACUUAUUUAUGGAAUUAUUUUUUCAGUUCUGAUAAUGAAUCAGAUAAUAAUGAUCAAAGUGAAAAUAAUGAAGAAUUUAAAAGAAAAAAUUCAUCAUCAUCAUCUAACAAUAAUCAAGGAAAAAAAUCAACAAAUAAAAAGAAACAUUCAAAUUCAUUUUCUCAAUAUCAUCAAAUAAUGAAUUUUGAUUUCGACAAUCAUCACAAAAAGAAUAAGAAAUCACAUACAAAUUCAAAUGAUAUAAAAAUUCAAGGGUUUGAUGAGGAUGAAGAAGAAAAAGACGAAGAUGAUGAUCAACAUUAUGAUAGUUCAGAAUCUACUGACCUUGAUGAAUCAUUACCAAAAACAACUCAAUUUACAAAAAUUCCAGGUUCAAAAAAGGCAACAGAAGUAUUAUCUUCAAAAACAGCAGAUUAUAGACCUCCAAUGUUAGGUUCUUGGGUAACAAUAGAUAGUAAACCUUUUGGAAUAAUUGAUGGAUUAAGUACAAGAACUUUACAACCUAAUAAACAACAAGAACCAAGACAUUUUAAUAAUAAAUUUAAUUCAAGUGGUGGUGAUAAUAAUAAUCACUCAUCAGGAUUUACAACAACUGAAUCAUCUUCAACCAACAAAAGUGUUUUACCUACAACACAUAACACAAAUAAUCAAUCAUCACCAUCAUCAACAACAUCGACAUCAACAACGUCAAUACCACAACAAUUACCAAUUCAAUCACAACAUCAACAAAAAAAAAAUUUAUUACAACAAGAUGAUCAAGUAUUAAAUUUAGAUGAAUUAUUAAAUAUUAGUGAAUUAGAUAAUAAUGAUGAAAAUGAUGUACGAAUAUGGAGAGAUUUUUCAAAUUCUCAAAAAUCAAGAGUACCAUUGGGAGCAUUUAGAAAUAAAUCUAUUUUACAUAAUCAUCAUCAUCAUCAUCAUCAUCACAACCAAAAUCCGAAAGUUAGGAAACCUGGAAAAGGAUCUUCGAAAGUGAAACGAAGGAGGGUUUCUGUGAUUGAAGCGUUAUUUGAUAAUUAG